GGGAACUCGGUGAGGCUGAACGAGGGGCUGGGGCUGAUCUCUGGCAUCUGACAGUGCUGAGCUCCGGGAUCCGGCGGGGCUGAGCGCGGGAGGCUGGGGAGCCCGGGGAUGCGGUUGGAACCACAACCCUCGGGCUUAGCCCAGAGCCAUGGGUAGGACCUACUUUGUGGAGGAGGGGAUCGGGCAGUACCUGUCUGAGCUCAGCACAGCAGUGAAGCCUUAUGUCACUGGGCUGCUGAUAGGGCAGUGCUCCCCACAACGGGACUACGUCAUCCGGGCUGUCCGGACCCCUCCCAAGGACCAGCACAAGGAGCAGAACAUCCCUCCAAAACUGGCCUCCCUGGAUGAGGAGUGGAUAACCACACACGCCAGCCAGGUGUCCAGGAUGCUCCCUGGCGGGUUGCUGGUUCUUGGUGUGUUUAUGAUCGUGACCCCAGAGCUGGCAAAGGACGGGCAGAACGCUCUGCGCAAGCUAAUCUUCUCAGUGGAAAAGUCCCUGACUAAAAGAAGGCUCUGGAAACCUGCUGAGGAGGAUGUCUCAGACAGAGCAGCUCUUCAAAUCUGUUCUGCUACAAAAAAAGUAGUUUGCAGAACCUACGACGUGCAAGAUCCAAAGAGUUCAGCUAAACCAGCAGAUUGGAAAUACCAGAGUGCUCUGUCUGCCUCCUGGUUGGCUUUGAGCUGCACAGUAAAUGUUAAUAUUCACAUUCCACUUCUUGCUACUUCCCCAAACCAUGACCUGGAGAAGAAUACCAAGAACGGGUUAAACCGAUGGUCAAAGCAGAUAGAAGACAGUGUUUUCCUUAUCAAUGGACAAGUUAAAGAUGAUGAUACAGAGCUACUGGAAGGGCAGAAAAAGUCAAGAGGAAAUACUCAGUCCAGCCCUCAGUUCUCUGAUGUCAAGGUGCUGACACAGCUGUGCCAGGGUUCAAGUCCCAGAUCGACAGCUGCAGUGCAGGUGUGCAGUGGUUCCAUAAACCUCAGGGGGGCUGUGAAGUGCAGAGCCUACAUCCAUAACAACAAGCCAAGGGUGAAAGAAGCCAUUCAGGCUUUGAAAAGGGACAUAAUAAACACAUUGAGUGAUAGGUGUGAAAUACUGUUUGAAGAUCUGAUUUUAAAUGAAGGACCUCAGAAAAAAAGUUUUGAGAGGGAAUACCAUGUCUUGCCUCAGAGGCUCUUUGUCCCCGUGCCCGGGUCCAGUGUGAUGCUCAGCGACUACAAGUUUGGCGACGAGGCCGCCGGAGAGAUCCAGGAGCGUUUUGUGGAGAUGUUGGAUCAGGCUGUGCAAGCUGAAGAUGUGCACAUAGCAGAGGGAAUCAGCACAGUUGAUAUUUGUCCAGUUCCUGACAGCCUGGAGGACACACAACAGACACAGCUGACAAAAGCAACAUUGCUGUUGAAGCUCCAACAAAAUAUGGGUGUGGUGGUGGCAGCUGCUGUUGCAGUCCUUGCAUCCAUCUUCUCUUUCAACUACUUCAGUGACUGAGCUGCAGCCCCUGGAGCUCCAUGAAACGUUGGCCAUUUCCAAGAUGGAAACAGCUGGGUUUAAUGGAUUUGUAAUUAAUCAUUGCCAAAAUAUCCCCAGGUAGAUGUGCAAUCUCAGUGUAAUGGUAGGCUCAGUUACCUUGUUCCAGCAUGCACUUCAUGUAUCAAGUAGAAUUAUGCAGGUACAGAAUCAAGUAGAAAGUGAAUCAAGUUUACAAGAAACCAACCCUGUUGCUCCAUAUAAAUGAAUGAUAAUAUUAUUUUUUAGAAGGAGCCCUUAAAAAGAAAUAUGGAACCUUCAUUUUCUUCCUGCUGACUCCUUCAGUACAAAAUGCUGCUCCUGGUGUUUCUCAGGCUACUGGUAAGACUAGUGUAGUUACCUGGUAUGACAAUUCCUGCUUUAAUUUGCUAAGAGAAAUCUCAUCUCAUUAAAAUUAAUUGGGGAAAAAUUAGAUUUACUUUUAGGUAAUACUGGUUAACUAGCACAAAAGGUAUACAAAUAGUUUCUAGAAUUUUCAAGACUAGACCAAGGCAGCCUGUAAAUACCUUAGUUCAAGAUCUGGAGAACUCAGAAAUCAAUAAAUUUCUCUGUCCAGCUCUUAUUCAAUCCUUGUUCUCUUGGAAUAUUAACUAUUUCAGCAACAGCUACGUGUAGGCAGCCCUUGUGGUUUAUCUUGUAGGUACAUGCAAGUUGUCAAAAUUAUUGCUAAUCAGGAUUUUCAGACUAUAAACAGAAAUCUUUCCAUUAUAGGAUAUUUUCCAAGGUACACUGGGCUAUAACAGGUUUACUUGCCAUGAGGAGAGGUGAAGGAGGGAAGAAUUCUAGGAAGGUUAAUAAAGAUAAUUUGUAUAUGAAAUGUGAUGUUUACUUGGACCUGAGCUACAACAGAAAAGAGUUCCAGAUUUUAAGGCAUUUUAAUACCACUGCAAAUACCUUUUUUUGUUUAAAGGCACUGGAACACAAAGAAAAAAUAAACACUUUCGUUCUAAAGCGUAAUCAAGGAUGUACUGGGAUAACUUUUAUUAAAGGCAACUGUGAGAAAGGUGU